AUGCAUCAAGAUUACCAUUACAAAGAGAAUCCCAGGAUAAGUUUUCUCUCGAGUGAAGGGUCACAUGUUGCAAAGAGACAGUUUCAAGAGAGGAAUCAGUUCUACACCUCCAAUGCGCCGAUAUUUCCGACUUAUCUAGACCAGCAGAAGAGGUUCAACUCUGAGUAUAGAAAGAAAUAUUUUGAAUUUCAGCCUGAAAGGCCUGAAGAUAGGACCGAGUUCAUAAUUGAAGACGGAAAUAUCGUGAAUCCUUAUCUCCAGAAAAGAAGAAGAGGAAGAAAGAUUAUUAAGAAUAACCCAGUCUAUCAAAAGGAUACAGCCAAUGCUGGAAAGAUUGUUGAGAAGAAUCUUCACCAUAAUGAUCAUGAGUUUAAAAAAUCUACUACUAAUAAAUUCAAUCAAGAAUUACAAGCUCAAGGGUAUAUGAAUCAUUCAAACAAGAUUCCUGCUUCUAAUGCCUCAAAGUAUAACUCUAGCCAGUAUUCUCCAAAUGAGACUACUUCUACAGCAGCGAAGCAGGAGCAAAGGCCAUAUAAGAGGGAAGCAGGGAGAUCUCUUAUUGAGGAAAGCUUUCACAACAAUCAAAAUACCAGUAUGGAAGCAAGAAAUAUUCAUAGGAGAAUAGUAGAAAAUAACAUUGUAAAAAAUACAUCUAUUGAGAGACAGAGACCUGAGGAAAAUAAUACUAGAGAGGAUAAAUUGUCUCCUGAGAAUCAAUACAACUAUCCUCAAGACAAGCAUGACAGCAAUAAACUUGAGAACUUUUACCAAAAUGCUUCUCAAAAUCCCACCAAAACAGAUCAGCCAGAGGAAGGUCACCCUAAUAUUUCUCAUUUUAAGGAAGGUAGUAACUCUAAAAAUCCUGAUAAUAGCCAAAACCAUACAAACUUUUACCCAUCACAAGAGAUGCCUAAUGCUGAUACAUCCCUGCGUGAGAUAGAAGAGAGCCUCCAGAACCAGGUUUAUAAAAAUAACAACUUCAGAUCUCGAGGGGAGAAAAUCCAAGGAAACAAUAGUAUGAACCUUAUCCCAAAAUCUACGAAAAUAAAGUACGAAGCUCCUCAGGUACAAAAGUCAGUGAACUUCGCUGACCAUCCUCCCCAGAUGUACCAGGACCAGGUCUCAGAGACUUACUCCAGGAUGGGUGACAAAUGAAGUAUGCAAGCAUAUGAAGAUGUUGACCGAGAGAAUGUAGAACAAGAGAGAUAUUACGCCCGUCUCAGGAAAGCUACAGAGAAACAAAACCACAUCUUCCAGCAACAUCUCAACAGAGUGUAUAUCCCCCAGAAGAAGGUGGAGUUAGAUCUCAACCAAAGAGAAGAGCACAAGAUUCAGACCCUGAAAGACCAAGCUAAAGAAUAUGAAAAAUAAACAAAAAGAAAAUGUAAAAACUAUGCAGGGAGAAUACUCACAAUUUCUUAACAACCAGAUGAAAGAGAAAGAAUAUACUCAGAAUAUCUGGAACCAAGAGAAGAGAUCCUUCCAGGAAAACAUGAGAAUAAAGACUCAAAUACAGGAACAAAAGACAAAAAUGCAGGAAAGAGAGAGACUAGAAAGCCAAACUGCUUAUAGAAAUGUUCUGAACCAUCAACAGAGAUUUAAGAACGAGCACCCUGAGUCUUCUCUUAAGGUUAAUGAACCAAUGCAGAAGCCAAUGGUAGUUCCUAUAGUCAGUGAACAGAGACACAUGUCUAACCCUGAAGUGGAAUAUUUAGCGAAUUCAUCUCCAGGGAAGAUUUCCCAAGCCAGUUCUUACGGUAUCGAUAUCAAUGGCCAAAUUAGUGCAAACCAGGGUAUAAGAUCCAACUAUGUAGGACCCAAUCCAAUCCUUGCCCCUAUCUCAGAUCCAUUAUAUAACCCCUAUGUGAGAAAGGAAGUGAAUAACUCCAUUCAUGCACCUAAAAAGAGGAACAUUUACAUUCCUCCCGACAGCAUUGCAUUCUAG